AAUUUAUUCUAUCCUCACCGGAAAUAAGAAUUCACGGUUAAAAACCGAACAGAAAGGAUAAAAGGAACCACCCAUAACGGCCAAGAACCCGAUAAUUAAAAGCCCCACACCGAAAUCCCUCCCUUCCCCACCCCCAAAAUGGGAAGCUCAAACACUGCCUUGAACGACGACGACGAUUCCGCCACCGAAUCCGACAACGACACCGCCACCAGGACCGACACCGAUUCCGACACCGACUCCGAAACCGAAACUGAUGAGGAAUUCCGUAAGCGCUAUGAUACCGGCCCUUUCAGAGAAGGCGAAAAAGUCCUCGCUUACCAUAACCUCCGCAUUUACGAAGCCAAAGUCUUAAAAUUUGAUAACCGGAGCAACGGCUGGCAUUAUUUCGUUCAUUAUCUUGGGUGGAAUAAAAACUGGGAUGAAUGGGUAGCUGUGGAUAGGUUAAUGAAAUUCACAGAAGAAAAUCGACAGAAACAGGAGGCGCUUAACAAGAAACUGGCGGAAGAAAAGAAGGCUGAAUUUCAUACGUCAAAGAGAGGAGCUGGGCGUGUGUUUCAUUUUAAACUGAAACACCCCAAAGGUUGUAGGGGCAAAAAGCGAAAGAACGAUUCUAUCAGCAAGGAGAAGAGUGCUGUACCUUCAGAAAAGAUUGCGAGCAUUCAACUUCCACUAACCCUGAAGAAGCAACUAGUUAAUGAUUGUGAAUUUAUUACUCAUUUGGGAAAGCUUGUUAAACUUCCACGUAUUCCAAACGUGGAAGACCUAUUGAAGAUGUAUCUUGAUUACAGAUCUAAGAAAGAUGGCACUAAUGCAUGUAGCGUAACAGAUUCAGUUCGAGAAAUUUUUAAAGGGAUACGUGUUUACUUUAACAAAGCAUUGCCCGUGAUGCUUUUGUACAAAAGUGAGCGUCAACAAUAUGACGAUACCGUUACAGAGGACAUCUGUCCAUCCACAGUAUACGGUGCCGAACAUCUGCUGCGUCUCUUUGUCAAGUUGCCUGAAUUAUUGGUGCGUGCAGACAUUGAAGCGGAGACAUUGUUGGAGUUGCAGCAAAAAUUAGUCGACUUUCUCAAGUUCCUGCAGAAGAAUCAGAAUACAUUGUUUCUUUCUACUUACCAUGUUGCAGAAGAUGUUGAGACGAGCACCAAUAAACAAGAUAAUUAAUUUCGGACCUGUUUGCCAACCCUUUGUACAUACACCAAAGAGUGGUUGGUAGAUCCUUCCUACUAUUAAAUCUACCCUCUUAUGUAGGCUAGAAAAUUUUUUUUGAAAAUUGAGAUGUUUGUAUUGCCUUUAAGAACAAUUUGUAUCUAUAAAGUUGUACGAGAUUCCAUAGUUAAAGCUCAUUUGCUUGUCCUGUC